AUGCCCAAACCAUCUAAAAGUUCAGUCGUUGCUACUAAUGACAAUAAUUCUAACAAUAAUGACAAAUCAUCAACAACAACAGCAAAUACAACUUCUCGUAAGACAAUAACAUCAAAUACGAAACAAAAAUCAGAAUCAACUACAAAAAUUUCUUCAACCUCUUCUACUACAAAAACAAAGAAAGUUUCCUCUAAUCCUAAAAGGGCACUUAGUGCUUAUAUGUUUUUUGUUCGCGAAAAUAGAGAAAAGGUUAAAGCUGAAAAUCCUGGUGCAAAAUUUGGUGAAAUUGCAAAACUUGUUGGUGAAAAGUGGAAAGCUUUGAAUGACAAAACCGCAAGUGAUUUCGAUCCACAUAAGGUGAUCAAAGUUACUGCUACCGACGGAAAAAGAGCUGAAGAUUUCGAGCUGGCUUACAACGUUACAAAAAUAAUUGGUAACGGCUCUUUCGGUGUAGUAUUUCAAGCAAGAAUAAUUGACAAUAGUGAAGAUGUUGCCAUUAAAAAGCCUCAGAAUUUAUUACUGAAUCCGGCCUCAGGUGUAUUAAAAUUAUGUGAUUUCGGAAGUGCAAAGAUUUUAGUGCAUGGUGAACCGAAUGUUUCUUAUAUUUGUUCCAGAUACUACAGAGCACCAGAGUUGAUCUUUGGAGCAACAAAUUACACAACAAAUAUUGAUGUUUGGUCAACAGGUUGUGUUAUGGCUGAAUUAAUGUUAGGUCAACCUUUAUUCCCGGGUGAAAGUGGUAUCGAUCAAUUGGUUGAAAUUAUUAAAGUUCUUGGAACACCAACAAGAGAACAAAUUAAAACUAUGAAUCCAAAUUACAUGGAACACAGGUUCCCUCAAAUAAAACCACAUCCAUUUGCAAAGGUCUUCCGUGCUAGAACACCGCCAGAAGCUAUUGAUCUCAUAUCCCGUCUUUUAGAAUAUACUCCAUCCAAUCGAUUAACUGCGAUUGAAGCCAUGUGUCACCCAUUUUUUGAUGAACUUCGAAACCCUGAAACAAGGCUUCCAAAUGGAAAAGAUUUACCGAGACUUUUUGAUUUCACACCACAAGAAUUAUCAAUUCGACAUGAUCUUAUUCAUCAACUAGCACCACCACAUGCAGAAGCCGAACUUUCUCGUAGAGGAAUUGAUGUUCACAAUUUCCAACCACUACCACAGAGUCAAAUGCGAGCAACAUUGGAUUGA